CUGCGAUAGCAGAGGUGGCCAGGUUCCCUCCCUCCCCCUCCUUUAAGAUCAUCUUAAUUAUUUUAAACUAGUGGCUGAAGGCGCUGGCAGCAGUCAGCCUGCGUUUAAAUGGAAGUCAUUGCAACAUACUCUCGUAAGAGUACAAUUGUUAGUGUCCUGUAUGGGUGGUUGUUUUUUUUUCUGUAAGUUCCCGGUUGCUGUAGCAGCAUUUGAGGAAGUCCCUCAGCAAGCAGAACACCCGUAGCUAACUGUGACAGUGGAGGAAGCUAGAGAAGGAGGAAUGGAGUGCCAGGCUUCAGAAUUCAGAUAUCACAGCUAAAAAAAAAAAAGGCACGGAUGCCAUUUUGAAGCUCACCACGUGGCGAAGAAAUGAACUGAGGUGGAGCUCCCUUGUCCCAUAAUGGAGGAAGGGGCGUCCCUGCCCGUGGCUGAAUGGCUCAGAGCCCUUCACCUGGACCAGUACCUGGAGAGCUUUGAGAAGAAUGAUCUCUGGAAGGUGUCGGACUGCAGGAACCUGACAGAUGGGGCGCUGACCCAGAUCGGUAUCUUGCUGCCGGGCCAUCGUAAGCGCAUCCUCUUUGGACUCCAGAAGGCCUUCAUGGAGACGCCGCCAGCCACAGAGGGGCCUGUGGUAGCAGCGAGGAGGCCAGUCCCCAUGAAACGCAACAUUUUCCGGGUCAGCACGGAUGCCGUGACUACCCAGGCAGAGCCGGAGCUCAAAGGUGACUCGGCCACACCAGCCAGCAGGAAGUCUCCUCUUCCCACAGAGCUGGAGAACCCGGCUGGCCUCAGCCAGGUGCCCCCACCCAUCCCCCCCAGACUGGGGUGUCGCCCUCCCGUCAAGUUCUCCUCAGCGUCAUGUCCUGUCUCUGCUGAACUGUCCCCUGCUGUCCCCUGUCGCUCCGAACCGCCCUCCUUCACUGACUUUGCCCCUCCGCUGCCCGCUCCUCUGCCAGCCAGAGACAAGCUCUCUCUGGGGCCAGUGGUCCCUGAAGGGAAGGGGAAACCACCGCUGCCCCCUUUGCCGCUGAAACGCCACCAGCUGGAGACCAAGCCCCUCUCCCUCAAGGUGCCCCCUCUGCCAAGCCGACCGCCCUUACUGCCACCAAGGGCUUUGUCCCAGAGGACAGGCACCAGCUUUCCUGAUAGAGAGGAAUGCCAAGCCCCUGAGCCGGUGCCUAUUGUCCCACCCCCUCUGCCUCCUGUCCUUCCCCCUCUGAAACCACAACAAGAGAGCCCCCCGGAACUGCCUUCCAGACCAGUCGAUCUCCUCCUGCCGGAGUUCGACGACUCUGAUUAUGAAGAACCCCCGUGGGAGGAGGAAUUGGCAGCUGCUUCAGGAGAAAUGAGUGACAAGGAUGAUGCCGAGAUCAUGAGGGGGCGGCUGCGCUCGGAGCGCAUCAACAGCCUGUUCAGCGAGGACGAGCUCAUUGAAGACUAUUACGACCAGCCAGCUGCCAACGACAGCAGCUGUUGGAAUGACUAUGGCUUGAGCACCUUGCAGUCCAGUGGCACCGUGUCCUGCAGCUCCAGCAUGCACAGCGGCAGCACGGAGGGGUUGGACGCCUCCGCCCAGCUCUUACCCAUCAUCAAAGCCGGGUGGCUGGACAAGAACCCUCCCCAAGGCUCAUACAUCUACCAGAGGCGCUGGGUGAAGCUAGAUGCCGACUACCUCCGCUAUUUUGACAGCGAAAAGGACACAUACUCCAAGCGCUUCAUUCCAGUGACCUCAAUAGUCCGCGUGGCCAGCAUCGGGGACCAGAAAUUCGAGGUGAUCACUAACAGCAGGACCUUCGCCUUCCGGGCUGAGAGUGAUGCGGAUCGUAACGAGUGGAUGAGGACCCUCCAGCAGAUGGUGGACGAGCGGAAGUUCAAGGGCUUGAACAGGAUAUCCCUGCUCCAGCCUCCAACUGGCGCCCUGGACUCAGUGGACAAGUGCGGGCUGCUGGAGCUGCGGGGCUUUAAGAACAAGCUGUAUGUGGUGGUGGCUGGAGAGAAGGUUUUCCUGUACAAGAAUGCCGAGGAUUAUCGACAGGGGAUCGGAAUCACCUACAUUGAGAUGAAUGUGGGGAACGUGAAGGACGUGGACAGAAGAGGAUUUGAUCUGACGACGCCUUACAGGAUCUUCAGCUUCUCGGCAGACUCGGACCAGGAGAAGGAUGAGUGGGUGGAGGCCAUGCAGCAGUCCAUCGCCGAGGCCCUCUCCAACUCGGAGGUCGCGGAGAAGAUCUGGUCGGUGGAGGCAAACCGGUUCUGCGCAGACUGCGGGUCGCCCAAACCCGACUGGGCCUCCGUCAACCUUUGUGUCGUCAUCUGCAAGAGAUGCGCAGGAGAACAUCGGGGGCUGGGGCCAAGCAUCACCAAAGUGCGGAGUCUGAAGAUGGACAGAAAGGUGUGGACAGAGGAGCUGAUUGAGCUGUUCUGCCAGGUUGGGAACUCCGUGGCGAACCAGUUCUGGGCAGCCAACGUGCCCCCCAGCGAGGCCAUCCAUGUGGCGAGUGGGAGCCAGGAGCGGAGACGCUUCCUCAUAGCCAAGUACAAGGAGGGCAAGUAUCGGCGCUACCACCCACUCUUCGGCAACCAGGAGGAGCUCAACAAGGCCCUGUGCGCUACGGUGACGACGAGCGACCUGGCUGAAACUCAGUCCUUGGUGUUCUGCGGGGCGGAGGUGAGCUGCUUCUCCGGGGACCCCGACUUCCCGAACCCCAUCGCCUUAGCCGAGCAGGCUGGACAGAAGCUGCAGAUGGAAUUCCUGCUUCAUAACAAAAACUCAGAGAUCCCGCGGGUGGAAGCGGGGAGCAGCGAGGAGAAGCACUACUCGGUGAUCCUGCCAUCUGUCACUCACAACGGCUUCCUCUACAAGACGCCCUCCAUGGCCAAGCUGGUGCAUGAACGGAAAUCCCGGGAAGAAUUCAGCCGCCGCUGGUGCACCCUCAACGACAGCAUCUUCAGCUACUACGAGAACGACCGCAAUGCUGUGCCUAACGGCGAGAUCAAGAUGGAAGAGAUCGUGUGCCUGGUGAACAACCCGCCUGACACCCACGGGUUUGAGAGCACAUUUGAGGUCUACAUUGAAUCGGAGAGACUGUACCUCUUUGGGCUGGAUAACCCGGAGGCCAUUUGGAAGUGGGUCAAGUCCAUAGCCAAGUCCUUCAUCCACCCCCGAGCGGACGAGCUGCUGAGUCACGACUUCGAGCGGAUCGGACGGCUGCAGUACAAGGGCGGCCUGAACUUGGAGCGGGCCAAGGAGGGCUGGUUCGCCCUCUCCCAGUCCGUCCUCUAUGCCUUCUUCGAGGACAGUGACAAGGAGGAGACUGUGCACCUGAAGAAGCUGCAGGAGCUCUCCAUCCAAGGGGACAGUCUGGUUCUGGUGGAGAGAAGAAGGACGCUGUACAUCCAAGGGGAGAGGAAGCUGGAUUUCUUGGGUUGGGUGGCUGCCAUCCAGAAGGCUGCGGGGAGCUCCGGUGACACGUUGUCCGAGCAGCAGCUCACGGAGUCAGACAUCCCCGUCAUCGUAGACAGAUGCAUCGAUUACAUCACGCAGUGCGGGCUGACCUCGGAGGGGAUUUACAGGAAGAGCGGCCAGAACUCCAAGAUCACCAGCCUGCUGGAGAUGCUCCGGAAGGACGCGCGCAGGGUCCGGCUCAAGGAAGGGGAGCACCACGUGGACGACGUCUCCAACACGCUGAAGAGGUUCUUCCGAGACCUCGGGGAUGGGCUCUUCACCAAAGAGUUCUGCCAGGACUGGCUGAAGGCAGCAGCGGUUGAAAAUGAGGAGGAGAAGAUUGGCCAGUACCGCCAGCUCCUGAGCAGCCUCCCCGUGGUGAACAGAGCCACAGUCAAAGCGCUGAUCAACCACCUGUACCGGGUCCAGUACUUCUCCGAGAUGAACCAGAUGAACACACACAACCUGGCAAUCGUCUUCGGGCCGACGCUCUUCCAGACGGACGGGAAGGACUACAAGGCAGGGCGCGUGGUGGAGGAUCUCAUCAGCCGCUACGUGGUCAUAUUUAGCGUGGACGAACAAGAGAUGAGGAAACAGCAGGACGAGAUCCAAGCCAUCAUCAAGAUGCGGAUAGCCGGCUCCUCCAGUGGAACCCAGCAAGCCGGGGACUUCAUCUGCACAGUGUAUCUGGAGGAAAAGAAGACGGAAGCAGAGCAGCACAUCAAGAUCCCAGCCACCAUGACCGCAGAAGAGCUGACCUUCGAGAUCUUGGACCGGAGGAAAAUCGAGACGAAGGAGAAGGAGUACUGGAGCUGCUUCGAAGUGAAUGAGAGGGAGGAAGCAGAGCGGCCCUUGCACUACUCUGAGAAAGUCCUGCCUAUCUUGCAUGGCCUGGGGACAGACAGCUACCUGGUGGUGAAGAAGCAGCUGUCCAUGGAGAACAUGCUUAUCUAUCUAGCCAGCAGAGUGAGCGACAGCAAGCACGGCAUGAUGAAGUUCCGGGAGGAGAGGAACCUGCUGGGGCUCGGGCUGAGCACGGGCUUCCACGACCGAUACUUCAUCCUGAACAACAGCUGCCUGAGGCUCUACAAGGAAGUGCGGAGCGUGAAGCAGCGGAUGCCUGCCAUGGAAACCAGCCACAGGCCGGAGAAAGAGUGGCCAGUCAAGAAUCUGAAAGUCUACCUGGGAAUUAAGAAGAAACUUCGCCCUCCGUCCUGCUGGGGAUUCACGGUGUUCUAUGAAAACGAGAAGCAUGAAAAGCAACAGUGGUACCUGUGCUGCGAUACCCAGAUGGAGCUGCGGGAGUGGUUCGCAUCCUUCCUCUAUGUACAGAACGGCGGGAACGUGUGGCCCUCUGAAUCCUCCAAGGUGCGGGCAUCGCGGACGCAGCAGGACUCCAGGUUGGGUAACAUCUCGCUCAUCCCUCUGCGGGGCAAUGAGAAUGAGAUGAGGAACAGUGUGGCUGCUUUUGCUGCUGAUCCGCUAACUCUUCUUCGAAAUGUAUGAGCCGGAGGCCUAACACGUCAGGUCCGUUUGCGAGAGGGGGAGGCAGCCUGAGAGCCCAGGAGCGCACAAGUCCCGUCACAUUGUCCCUGCUCACUCAGCGGGGUCUGCGCGGAGGCCGGGGGGCUCUCUGAAUGCGUGCCAGCCCCUUGACCCAAUCAUCUCUUUCUAUGGCAACGCCGACAGCAGCAGCAAAACAAUAAGCAACCAUCUUUGAUUUAAGGAAAAUGAAUCCAUUGGCAAUGAGCGAGGGACCCAGGAGCUGCUUCUAAAGGGUUAAUUAGUCAAGCAAACACCGUCUCAUCAGUCGUCUUGCCAGCUGUCAGUGCCAUGACCAGCCGAACCCCAAAGACAGGGCAGAGGCUGUGCUGGGGCGGGCUGUUCUGAACCCAUCGCUUCACCUGGGAGUGUCUUUCUCCCCCAUCACCAGCUGCUUCUUGCUUCUUCUUGGGUCCUGAAUGAAAACUGGAAGGGCGCAGGCUGGGCUGGCCCCUCUCUGGUGCCGGCUGCUACUCCGGGAGGGGUUAGGGGCUGGGGGAACUCUUGCUUUCUUUAAAAUCUCUCUCUCUAUUUGAAACCACAAGCCUCGGAAAGGCGGCAAGGACCGUCCAGCCAGUCCAGGCAGAGACGUUCCUGCAAGGGUGCUUCUGCUGGUGGAAGCAUUAAUCCUUCCCAGGGAGAACAGCGGGCUAACCCCGGCCGUUCUGUAUCACUACGUUGGAGAAGGGCUGCAGACGACCCACAGGGGGAGCGGAUCAAAGGCUCCCAUCUCUGCUGCUGGCCCCUCAGAGGCGCAUGUCGCUUCGCUCCUUCUCCCAGGCUGCCCGAUCCCGUGGCCACAUGGGCCUUUCGGGCGAAAGCUUCGCGAGCAGGGCGUUAGAUGGGGAGAGUCCAGUGCCCAGCCAUGGGCAUGUACAGAUGGCUGAGUGGAGCCACAGCUGGGACAUGUGGCUUGAGGGGCCCUGGUGGAAGCAGCAAAAGACUGGGGCGGGGAGGUGGGGGGGAUGGGACUCUGGACCAGCCUGAAGUUGAGCUUGGCAUGGGACCAUUUGUCCUGGGUGUCUAUUGCCUCGUGGUGUAUAGGAAACUGCAAACUGGCUGCUGCAGUGGCUGCGGGCAGGGAGAGGGGCCAGCGCUGCCCUGGUCAACAGCAUCUUUGGUUAUUGUUAAUAUUAAAUGCCUGGGGAAGUCAG